AUGGAGAUUGAUCCUAUGGUGCUGGCGGCUUUUGGUCCGCCGCCUACUGGGAUUAAUCUUGAUGAUGACAGCAAAGUGAAAAAUGCCGUUAUUGUCCUCAGCUUGCUCUUUCUAUCGGCUCUUUUUCUGGGUGGACGUAUCGCGAUCCGUACAAAACAAGUCUAUGGCCUGAGUCUUGAUGAUUACGCGAUUGUUGUGUCGUGGGUAUUUGUGGCUGCCACUGGUGCAAUGGUGGUAGUUGUCGGUCAAGCUGGCGCUGGGAAACAUGUGUGGGCGCUCACGAUAGACCAGGCCGUUGAGUCAACAAAGCUCUCUUAUGUAUACGGCUUCUUCUUCGCCACAGCCGUCUUUACAACCAAAGUCUCGAUCCUCCUCUUUUACCGACGAAUUUUUACCUGCAGCGGUAUCUCGUUCCGAAUCGCCUUCUGGUUCUGCACGCUUCUCGUGGUGUCGUAUCCGAUAAUAUUCAUGUUCACUAUGGGUUUCGCUUGUCAACCACUCUCACACUUUUGGACGCAGAUCAAGGGAACCAAGGGAACAUGCAUCGACGUUGGCCAAUUCUACGUCAUUUUGGCCAUCAUUAAUCUUAUCACAAAUAUCAUUGUGCUCUUGAUCCCGGUUCCCGAAGUGAUCAAACUACAGAUGAGCAGAGGGAAGAAGGCGGCUGUUUUCGGAAUCCUGGCACUUGGAGGUUUACGAUAUAACAUGGGCAAUGGGCCCAGUGGCAAUUUGGUCGUCGGUCGAGCCAUCAUUAGGCAUUGUGUCAGCCUGCUUGUCCAGCUUCAAAUCGUUCCUGAGACAUCUCAGCCGCAGAGCCUCGAGCGGAGUCAAAAGUUCGGGCUACCAGACAACGCCAGCGCUAUGGCUGCUAUCACAAAGCUACCGCCUGAAGUUCUACAAGAGGUUUUCUCGUACGUGCACGAUGGGUUGGGCACGCCUCCUUUUCCUACUUUCACCUCACGGCAACCAUCUUUGGGACAAUACGAAUCAAAGGCGGUUAAUUUCAGGAAGAAUCUGUCAUCUUUACGACGGGUAAAUCGGCUAUUCCGCCAAGUGGUCAACCCUUUGUUCUUCCAGCACGUCGUCAUAUGUACCGGCAAUGUCAAAUCGAGCAUUGGCGCAAGCGGCACGAUGCGCCUACAGCAAUUAGCAAAAGAACCCGAACUCCGGGAAAUGGUUCGUCGUCUGGAGAUCUGUGGAGUGUAUUCCGGUGACUCAAGCUCGUACUAUCCGACCUUCGAACAGAAAGACCAUGAUCUAAAAUAUCUGGGACGACUAGCAGUUGUCAUUCAUAGUGCCCUACCAAAGUUCACUGGGCUCAAGAUCCUCAAGCUCGACUUUCAGAAUAUCCCUUACGAGUAUAAACGGGAUAGCGACCUCCUGGCACUUCGUAAGUGCUGCUGGGUCCAGGACACCGCGAAUAUGUUCGAGUCAUUUGCGACGGCAAUGUAUCGAUCGGGACUGGAUAAGCUGGAAGAGCUCGAUCUCUCGUUGCCCCUCGCACACGACUUUGGUCACUUUCUUGAGGGCGAUGGUGAACCCAAAUUCUGCUCCACAAGGGCGUUUUUCCAGCAACUGAAGCGUCUAAAAGUCUGUUACAAUAACAGCACCGAGCAAGGUAGAGGUUUAGAAUUCCGUGUCCACCAGCGCAAUCAAGAUUACGAUGAAAAUGUGCGACAGUUAAUAUCGCUUGGAGUAAAUCUGGAAUCUCUCGCUGUGGCUGGACCUGGCAAUGAUCUGCUAAAGCUCGAUUCGACCGCCCUCGCACCACUUGAGCUGAAGUCACUAGACUUGAAAUGCCUAGCGAUAACUGGAGAGGCGCUAUCUGAUAUUUUCAACCAGUCCAAGACACUCAGAGGAGUGGCCUUGACUAGAAUAUUCCUCAGGUCUGGCACGUGGGAAAAUGUCUUGAAACCCCUGAGCUUGUCAAACAUCACAUCCUUCCAUGUCGAGACCUGCGCUUAUGAGAGAGAAGGAGAAUCUGCAGAGUUUAUUCCCUUACACCGCCGCGAGCAACUCGAAGUCGACGCCGGUUACAUCCAGACGACUCGAGCUGGUGAUAUUGAAGCUUGCAAGUCUGUGUUUGCGCGAGUGCAUGAGAACAUGCAUGAGAUACAUGGGAGUAGCUACGAUAUUGCUGCCGUUGAGGCACGAAGGCAGGCUAAGCAUAAGAAUACAGUGCAGCGGAGAGCAUCGCUAUGGGACCAGCUUCUCGACUUUGAGGGUAGUACCUCUGAUGAUGAGUGGGAUACUACCUCAUCAUUGGAUGAGGUUAUCGGCACUCUUGAAAAUCUUUUGCCUGAUGAUGAUUCUGAUGAUGACGAUUCUAGCGAUGGGUCUUCUGAUGGUGAUUCCUCAGUCAAUGAUGAUUCUUCGAUAUAG